GAAAGCGUGACUAUGAAGGGUUUCUGUGUUCUCUGCUGUUGCCUGCGGAAUCUCGAACCUCUGCUUUUGCCUUGAGAGCCUUCAAUGUGGAACUGGCUCAGGCAGCGUAGAUAGACCAAGUGUCUUAAAGACACUGUGAGUUUCACUCCAGAUGUGUCCUUUCCAGGUUAAAGACUCCAUAACUCAGAAGACUACGGGUUUGAUGCGGAUGCAGUUCUGGAGGGAGGCUGUGGAGGACAUAUACUGUGAUAACCCACCACAUCAGCCAGUUGCUACAGAACUGUGGAGGGCUGUCAAGAGGCAUAAUUUGACUAAAAUGUGGUUCAUGAAGAUCAUUGAUGAAAGAGAGAAGAAUUUGGAUGAUAGGGCAUACCGUAACAUCCAGGAGCUCGAAACGUAUGCUGAGAACACUCAGAGUGCUCUCUUGUACCUCACCUUGGAAAUGCUGGGUGUGAGGGACAUCCAUGCUGACCAUGCAGCCAGUCACAUUGGGAAAGCACAAGGCAUAGUUACCUGUUUAAGAGCAACUCCGUAUCAUAGUACAAGACAAAAGGUCUUUCUUCCCAUGGACAUUUGUAUGUUGCAUGGAGUUUCACAAGAGGACUUCAUAAGGGGCAAGCAAGAGAAAAAUGUGAGAGAUGUAAUUUAUGACAUUGCCAGCCAGGCCCAUAUUCAUCUAGAACAUGCUAGAUCUUUCAGUAAGAAAGUUCCCGCGAAGGCGUAUCCUGCUUUUUUCUGUACGGUUGCUUUAGAUGAUUUUUUACAUAACAUGCAAAAAGUGGACUUCAAUAUAUUUCAUCCAAGCUUACAAAAGAAGAGUACAUUAUUACCGUUGCAUUUGUAUAUUAGAUCUUGGAGAAAAACAUAUUAAAGUUUGGGUUUUUUUUUUUA